CACCACAAAUUUAUGAAUAACACUAAUGAAUCUGUGUCAAUGUGUGAAAUGAUAUCAUUUACUGGUGUUUCAACCUCUUCCACAACCUCAAAUGAAGAAUUCUGUGGAGUGGGUAUGCUCAAAAAUACUGUUUAUGUAAACAACAUUAUUGUUGCGAGUUCUCAGAGUAUCUGUUUCCUUCUUGCGAGUUCCAUUGUUAAAUAUCUUGGGAAAAAAAUUACCAUGGUGAUAGCUUAUGUUGGAGCUGCAGUAUGUUUAAUGUCAGCUUACUGGACUUACAGCCCCUCGUCUACCUUGGCCUGCUUGGCUCUCUUUGUGUCAUUUUCCAGUGUGAGCCAAAAUACAAGUUUAGCCACUAUUGUGGACAUGUUCCCAACAAGCAUCAGGACCAUGGCAAUGAGUCUCAAUACAAUGUCAAGUCGAAUGGGAGCUUUUAGUGGAAAUUUAUCAUUUCCAUACUUGCUGGCAAUUGACUGUAUAGCUCCAUUUUCCCUGUUGACUGCUUUAGUACUGAUGUGUGCUGGUAUCACUACACUGCUUCCUGAUACUAACAAGGUGUCUCUUCAGUAAUGUAAUGCAGCAGUAUCAAAGAUGGCAGCCAGCAAUGACACAAUAUGGUUUUGUUUUUUAGUGGUUUCAUGACAGUGAUAGCUAUUUUAAGAACUGCUUUAAACCAAUCCCUGCUGGUAUUUUGGGCAUCAAGAAAAGCAGAGAAGAAAUAUGAAAAUAGAACAAUUAAUCUGUUAUUGUACCAACAAAGCAUAGUGAGAUUUAGUUCAUAUUUU